AUGGCUUUGUCACCAUCCCAACGCCCUUCUGACACCUCUUCUAUACCAACAAUGAAAACUUGCAUUGUUUUAAUUGCUUUGGAUGAAAACUUGCGUCGAAGUCGAGUAGAUGGAGUUCCAACUGCUUGGAAUCACUUUUACGAAAUGAGAGCUUUGCAGAUCUUCUACGAUGCCUGCUACAAAAUUGGGGGGUCAAUUCUAGUCUACAAGAUGUCAAAUGUCUGUAAGGAGGGAAUGUUGGUCUCAUUCAAUGUGUGCAACAGCAACAACUAG